AGUACAAAUGAACAAGUCAACUGUAAAUCUGAGCAAAUAACAUUGAAAAUAAAAACAGAAAGACUGAGAUCUGAAAGUACCCAUUUUACCCUAUUUCCACUUGUACUAACGGAUAUAUAUCUUGCACUUGUCUUGCACAGGAUAAAAAAGUAAAAGUUUAUUUUAUCUGAUAUCCUGGAUUUGGCUGUGCUGCAACAACAUGUCAAAUGCAUGAAUAGAAAUACACUUAAACUGGGCUGUAAAAUAAAUAAAUAAAUAAAUAACAUUUUCUUUCUGUCGAGCCGAUACCAAGUAAUACCAAGGCUAAUAUCUCAAUACUAAUAUCGAUUUCUGUAGAGGUUUACUUGUACAUAUAAAACUUAUAUAAAUGCAUGAUAUAAUUCACAGUUUCCAUUAGCAUUGUGUGAUCUUGUGUAUCAUUAAAGUCUGUUUAAGUCUAAACAUAUAACCAAAUAUCAGACUGAAAGACAAUGUGUGCACAUCAACAAGUCCACUGAAAAUAAAUAAUAAAUAAAAAUAAAUAAAUAAAUAAAAAUAAGAAUAGUCUCCCUGACUUCUAUAUAAUUAUUUUUUGAGACCAGACAGACACAACUUGAACUUUGACAACAAAGGCCACAUUCUACGCCCAUUUAUGUGUUUUUGUUAAAAAAUAACUUGUCAUGGUGAUGUAUUUUCACUAUAUAGCUGGAUAUUGCCUUCCUAUCUAAAUUUAAGUGUCUCAGGUGUCUUACAGGUCUCACUUUUUACUUUUUUAGGACUGAUUACAAAUUCUGUGUCAUAAAAAUAUAAAUAUUUCUUGUAUAAGCGGACAUGGUACCGAUAUUUUGAUGUAAAGAUCGAUUCUGGGAAAAAAAAACACGCGUGUAAGAUCGUAGGUGGUUAUCGACAUUUCCGGAUCGAUGCGCGCAUCCCUGCCCCCAACCGUAAUACGUUUGGCGUGAAACUCAAAUCACGGGCGGGAGAGGAGCGAGUCGGCUGGUAGCAACGCAGCGUAGAGAGGUUUAAAUCGACAUAAUGGUUUCCAAACGAGGAUUAAGUUAUACGUGAGUGCCGCGAGUAAAUUUUUUAGUUUGUCGUCUGUCGAAGAGGAGAAAGGAUAACGGAGCCUUUUUAAAAAAGCUAAACUCACCGAAGUCAAGAGACGGGAAGUGAUUCCAACAGUUGAAAGAUGAUCCUGAAGGGCCAGAAGCGUAAGCUCCCCCCAGAGGACGUGGAGGUUUCAGACACGAGCAGUCCCUCCUGGGAGACCCAGCGUCAGUUCGUGUUCUCCGUGUCCUUGAGCAAGUACCAGCGUAGCCAGGAGCUGCCCGAGCCCAGCCUGAGGCGGUCCGUCCUCAUCGCCAACACCCUUCGGCAGAUCAGCCUGGAGCCCUGCGGAGCGCCCUCUGCAGACGAGGAGGCGUCGCGACCUCACCCCAGCGCUUCGUCCGGCCUCUACGCAAGCGAGCACGAGUAUGUUUCCGCUGUGGACAAACACCACUCUGCAGUGAUGGCGUACGACAGCCACUUAGCUCUUUACGGCUGCCCCAUGGCUUCUGUAGACGACGUGUCAAACUGCGCCGCAAGUCGGUGUCCGUCGAGCUACCACUCGACCGACUCGAACAUCCCCGAGAACGCGGAAGAGGAGGACUGGGAGUCGAUGUCCACGGAUCCCGAUUUCUCUCUUUCCGCUGCCAUUUCCUCCAUUCUCACCGCACUAGACUCUACCAUCGACGGGAGCCCUCAGGCGGCUCCGCGGACGCCUCUCAGGUCCUUGGAGAACCUGUCGGGGCCCUACGAGGGAGGUGUGGCGUGGGUGAAGCAGGGAGUCCGGGGUUAUGGCAACAGCUGGGAGCACCACGAGGAGCACAGGGCGCGGGAGGGCAGCGUGGAGGCGAUGAGGUCCAGCUACCUCAGCGACCUCACCGUGGAGGACCUGUUCCACGACAUAGACACGUCCCUGCUGGAGAGGGACAUGGGCGUCCUCGGGCUCAGGAGCAGUGGGGACGGAUAUCCAGCCGGGGAGGAUAUUCUCCGGUACCUCCCGCCUUUCUCCCCCUCCUCCUCCUCCUCCUCCUCCUCCUCCCCCUCGCAUAAUUUAACCCUCUCUCACAACCCGAGCCUGAAGUGCCUGCCUUCCUUCUCCUCCUUCAGCCCCUUAACGUCCCCUUCGUCUUCGCCGUCUCUCUCUUUUCUUCCGCCGUCCGCCUCGUUCUCCGGUCAGAACCACGCGAGGGAAGGAUUCGACUUGGAGCAUCUGAUGGAGAUCUUGGUGGAGUCCUGAUUGGACUUCGCCACAGCUCCAGAAAUUAAUUUAAAAUGGGUAGAAACCCGAACACCACUCGCUAGGACGGCGGACACGAACUGAUAGCACGAAGCAGACAAAGACUGGAGAAUGAAAUGUAUGUUAUGGGAUUAAGAAAGUAGUACAAAUGCUCUUGAAAUGUAAGAUGGGGCAAAGAGGAGGAGGAGGAGGAGGAGCUGUAAAGUCUCUGGCAGCUUUUAGUGAAAAACACAGGGUUGAUGUUUCCUGGUGAGUCACAGUGAAACAUGUGGGGGCUGUGAGUGAGUCAGUGGAUCAUGAACCAAUGAGUAGCAUUUUACUACAGGUUUCAGUUUGACUCAGCUAAUUUGAACAUUUCAAAUGAGACGUAUGUGAUAUGUUUAUAUAGCGUGUGAUUUGGCCAGUGUUGGAGGGAGGAAUGGUUGAAACACUAAUAUCGCUGGUCAGAUCUUCUGUGAAGAAACCCAGUGGUUAUCAGUGACUUAUUACAGGAGCAUGAGAUCAGAUGAAGUGGAUUUAAAGCAAGAGACGAACUGAGCUGGAGACAGAUUUUAUAAGAGCGGCUGUGACGCCGCCGAACGUCUUUUAACAGAUGCUUUUAUUUAAAAGAGCCUUUACAGUACUUUGAUUAUCAUCUGCAAAGCAUCCUGCUUCGAGCCACAUUGGCUGAAACCCUUUACGGUGCUGAACUCCCACCCAUUUCUCACGAGGUUAAGUUCCUUGUUGUGUAUCAGGCUUCACGUGUUUCGUCUGGUUUACAUUUGAGUUAUUGCACUUUUGUCAAUAAUAUGCAUUUGUAAGUGUCGGUCCUGAGAGCAUGUGCUUUAUGUGUUCACUUGUAUUUAUUGAGCAGGAUGUUAUUUCGUGUCUUAUUAAAUGUGCUAUUAUUGUUUUUUUUUUUUUUUAAAUAAAAACCUGUAGGGAACGUGUUCGCUGUAAGUUAGCCUGAUGAUAGAGCAGGAGUUGAACCCCACGCUGAAAUGCAUGAUGGGAGAAAGAGGCGGAAGCUCAUGAUUCAUCUGCCUGUUGGGUUUUUUGUUCAUUUGUACCUGGUUUAUGGUUUAAGUUGCCGAAUAGCCGCAGUCUAUUUAUAAAUGCCACGUUUUGCUAACAGGAUGAGCAACUUAAAGUCAUACCAUGUUGACAAAUCACUAAUGGUAUAUUAAUAUACCAUCAUAGCAGUUAUUUUUCUUUUGUUACAUUUAUUUUCUUUAUGAAUACUUAAUCAGUUUUGAAAUGGAGGACAAAGUUCCCAGACACAAUGUAUUUAGACAUUUUUUUUUAAAAAAAGAACUGUACUGUACGUUUUUAAUAAAAUGAAAAUUUGAAAAAGAAAAAUGUGCUUUACUUUUA